UAAAUCCUUUUUCAAAAUGAAAGUUAAAAUGUUAAAUAGGGAUCCUAACGUUUACUUACGAGAGACUAAACGAGAUAUUCACAAAGUUCCUAGAAAUUAUGAUCCAUCUUUGCAUCCCUUCGAAGCUCCGAGGGAGUACACGAAAGCACUGAACGCUGUUAAAUUAGAAAGAGUAUUUGCAAAACCAUUUAUUGGCAGUUUAGAAGGUCACAAGGACUCGGUGUUCUGCAUUUGUAAACAUCCCACUCAGUUGUCCACUCUUCUGAGUGGUGCUUGCGAUGGUGAAGUAAGAACAUGGAAUCUUGCCCAAGGAACUUCCACACGUGCAUUUUUGGCUCACGAUGGCAUAACUCGUGGAAUUACAUACGCAGGAGAUGGAAAACAUUUUAUUACUAUUGGAGAUGAUAAGACGAUUAAGACGUGGAAUGCUGAGUCUGUUAGUGAAGAAGAAGAACCUUUAAAUACUAUUAUCUGCAAAACGGUGUUAACUGGUAUAACCCAUCAUCGAUCAGAUCCUGUAUUCGUCACCUGCGGAGAAGUAUGCCAGAUGUGGGAAGAAACUCGUAACGAGCCAGUGCGUACAUUCAAAUGGGGGGUGGACAGCUUACAUGAUGUAAAAUUCAACUUAGUGCAAAGAAAUCUCUUGGCCUCUUGUGCAAGCGAUCGCAGUAUAAUUUUGUACGAUACUAGAGAUGUAGGACCUCUACAAAGAAUAGUGAUGAAAUUGCGAAGCAAUAAACUUGCUUGGAACCCCACCGAGGCUGUGAGCUUUACGUGUGCUAAUGAAGACUACAAUUUGUAUACCUAUGAUAUCCGGAAGUUGAGAACUCCAGUUAAUGUACACAUGGAUCACGUGGAGGCUGUGAUAGAUGUGGAUUAUUCGCCGAUGGGGAAAGAGUUUGUCUCAGCCAGUUACGACAAGUCGAUCCGUAUCUUCGAAGUCAACAAAGGCCACUCGCGAGAAGUGUACCACACAAGACGUAUGCAUAGACUUACUUGCAUCGGAUGGUCAUCUGAUAAUAAAUAUGUAAUUAGCGGCAGCGAUGAAAUGAACCUUCGGUUAUGGAAGGCUAAAGCGUCGGAGAAACUUGGUAUCUUAAAGGCUCGAGAAAGAAAGGCAUUGCUUUGCAACGAAGCCUUGAAAGAAAAGUUCGCGGCCCAUCAAGAAAUUCGACGGAUCGCGCGUCACAGACAAGUGCCGAAGCAUAUAUACAACGCGCGAGCCGAAUUGCGGACGAUUCGUGAGAAAAAUAAACGCAAGGAAGCUAAUAGGCGUUAUCAUUCUAAAAAGGGAACCGUGCCGUUCGUGGCUGAAAGAAAGAAGCACAUUGUCUCUCAAGAGUAAAAUUAGAAUGACAUAUUUUCGUAUCUUUUUACUUGAUAUGAUCGACUACGUUAUUUUUCGGUCUUUAUUUUUAUUAUCAGUUGACCGGCAAGUACUGAAUUUUUGUAUUUAAAUCUUAUACUAGAUGUCAUGUGUAUUCGCAAGAAGUACUUUGUAUUAUAUUUAUUGUAAUAAAUAAUUUCUCUUGACAUUA